CUCCACUUUCCAAAGUAAGGACCACAGCCUUGCAGAGUAUUCAGAUGAUGAUGACUUAUUCUAUGAGAGACCUGUUGGAGCAUUUAACAGAGUUAGCCUGAGAAAGGCUUCCUGCUCUAGCCGGACACUUUUGGAAGAUGUGAGCCCUACUCCAAAAAUGGCCAAACCAAAAUACUGUGAAGGAAAAAUUCUAACUUCUGUUGAGAAUAAUGACAGUGAGUCUACAGAAUACCCUGAACUGAGGAAAUCCUCAUCUGAGAAUGACUUCAAAAUGAACAAAAACACAGAGAGUAAAAAAUUCAGGACUAGAUUGGCCUUGGCCCACAGAUCUUUGUCAAGCUUCUUUGAAUCUAAAUCUCUGGAGAAGGAAAAUGCUGAACAGAGUCCAAAGAUUUCAAUGAAAAAUGAAAAGGAAAAAGCCAAGUUGUACCAAGCAUCCUGGAAAGCCUUUCUUAAAAGCAAGGAGGCAGAUGGUCUGAAGCGGUCUUCCUUUAGUUCCCUUCCAACACAGCAGAGUUCCUGUACACACAGGAGCCCUGGCAGCUUUGCUAGAAGAUCAUCCAAAGAAAAGCUUGAGUGCCACAGUGGCCAAGUCUGUCUGAGUUCAGGAGUGUCUAAUGGCUCCUCUACAGAAGCUGGGCAUUCUGAUUCCUCUGGGACCAGUGACUUUACGCCUGUGGAUGCCAGGAGGAGAAGAAAAGGUGUAUCUUGUGAACUUAGUUUAAAGUGUCCUCGCAGCCCCGACUACAACGGGAAAGAAGAAGCAAUGGGAAAUGACAAAGAUGCUUCUUUUGAAGAGUUUUGGUUGAAAUCCCCAGUUAGUCCAAUUGACCUGCAGUCAUCAUUUUCUCACUUCACUCCUUCUUGCCCCCAGCUGUCAAUGUAUGAACGGAAAGAUAUGCCAUGCAGGCCUAUGAGCCCCAAACCCCAGAGUCCUAGGACCAGUUCUCGAAAGGGUUUCCAUUACCCUGGAAGAUUGAGUUCCACUUCAAUGAUAUCUCUGGGCAACAUUUCUAUGAUUGAUAGCAAUUUGGAAGCUCCAGAGAGGCCAAAGACGUUGAAGCCUAGGUCUAGCUUCUUGGUGUCUAUGCAUUCAUUAGAUAAUGACUAUCACAGAGAAGACAGUGGAAUAAGCAGCCAGUCACAGAUCAGCUUAAACACUGCUUCCUCCGCGAGUGAUAUCAUCAGAGAUGAGGAGAGCAUCCAGCAAAGUCAAAUUACAUCAGAAAAGCGGCCAGGUGAGAAACGGGGUCUCCAUGGCAGAAAAACGUCUCCUCAGACGCCCCUGUCUCCACACUCAUUCUCACACGUUGAGAACAAAGCCUGGAUGCUUCCCUUCCAUGUCCAGGAGCCAAGAGCAAACGAGCGCACCCAGAGGAAGAGACGCAGACCCUUGUACAAGCGUUUUAGCUUUGAUGAUGCCUGGAUGGAAAGGAACCGGAAAAGGACGCUUGUGAAGGAAACACAGUCAGACAGAGAGAUGGAACCAAGUAACCCCCCAGAGGAUCAGUUAAAAGUUAAAAUGCGACCAUCCGUUACUUCACCAGUGGCCUUCCAUGCUCACCCUUUCAAGCUACAUCUCUAUUCCCAGAGUACACCCACAGGUUUGGACUGUAUGGGCCUGAGGCAGCGCAUCUCCUUUCCAGUAAUUGCUGACGGGUCACUGGAGAAGACAAGCGAUGAUGCGGGAAGCGAGGAAGAUUUGUAUGGUGAUUUCCGGAGUUCCAGUCACCGCUAUGGCCACCCAGGUGGCGGAGGAGAGCAACUUGCUAUUAAUGAGCUCAUCUGUGAUGGAGGUGUGGUCUAUGCAGAGGCCCUCUGGGAUCAUGUCACCAUGGAUGACCAAGAGCUGGGCUUCAAGGCUGGUGACGUCAUUGAAGUAAUGGAUGCCACUAACAAAGAAUGGUGGUGGGGCAGGAUAAUGGACAGCGAGGGCUGGUUUCCAGCCAGCUUUGUACGGCUCCGAGUGAAUCAGGAUGAACCAAUGGAAGACUAUCCUCUGAAGUUAGAGGACGGCAGGGAAGAAGACUCCCGAAAUGCUGUCCACCGUUAUGGGGUGGGGCAAACAACCAAGGAUCAAAUGAGGACCAAUGUUAUCAAUGAGAUCCUGAGCACAGAGAGAGAUUACAUCAAACACCUGAAGGACAUCUGUGAGGGCUAUAUAAAGCAGUGCCGUAAAAGAGCAGAUAUGUUCACCGAGGAGCAGCUGAAAACCAUCUUUGGGAAUAUUGAAGAGAUCUACAAGUGCCAGAAAAAAUUUGUUAAGGCAUUGGAGAAAAAAUUCAACAAAGAUUACCCACACCUGAGUGAGAUUGGGUCCUGCUUCCUGGAAUAUCAAAAUGAAUUCCAGAUCUACUCUGAGUACUGCAACAACCACCCCAAUGCCUGCGCGGAGCUUUCCCGACUCACCAAAGUGAGCAAAUAUGUCUAUUUCUUUGAAGCCUGUCGCCUGCUUCAGAAGAUGAUUGACAUCUCUCUGGAUGGCUUUCUCCUGACUCCAGUGCAGAAAAUUUGCAAGUACCCACUGCAGCUUGCAGAACUGCUGAAGUACACGAACCCGCAACAUAGGGACUUUAAAGAUGUGGAAGAUGCUCUAAAUGCCAUGAAAAACGUAGCACGGCUCAUCAAUGAGAGGAAGAGGCGCUUGGAAAACACAGACAAAAUUGCUCAGUGGCAGAGUUCCAUAGAGGAUUGGGAGGGUGAAGAUGUCCUUGUCAAGAGUUCUGAACUCAUCUACUCGGGAGAAUUAACUAAAAUUUCCCAGCCUCAAGCCAAGAGCCACCAGAGAAUGUUCUUCCUCUUUGAUCAUCAGCUUGUCUGCUGCAAGAAGGAUCUCCUGCGACGCGAUAUCCUGUACUAUAAGAGCCGAAUCAGCAUGGACAACAUGGAGAUCCUGGAUGUGGAAGACGGCAAAGAUAAAGACUUCAAUAUCACUGUAAAAAAUGCAUUCAAGUUGCACUGUAAGGACACAGAGGAAGUCCACUUGUUCUGCGCAAAAAAGCCCGAACAGAAGCAGCGUUGGUUCAAGGCAUUUGAGAAUGAAAGGAAGCAGGUUCAGCUCGACCAGGAAACGGGUUUUUCCAUCACUGAGGUUCAGAAGAAACAAGCUAUGCUUAACGCCAGCAAACAGAACCAGACUGGAAAACCAAAAGUGGUCACCAGGACGUACUAUGACUUCCUGAUGCGCCAGAAGCACCCUACCUUGCCUACAAACCUCCCCCAGCAACAAGUCUUCAUGCUGGCAGAGCCCAAGCGCAAGCCUUCAAACUUCUGGCAGAACAUCAGCAGGCUGGCUCCAUUUCGAAAAUAGCCGGAAGCAGCUGUCCUGUGCCUGAAGACCUUCUGAGAAAGCACUUUAUGCAUCAAGCCCUGCAAAACUAAGCACUAGCUCCCCCUCCUGGCUUUCAGAGGGACAGCACCUACCCUUUAUUUCCUUAUUUUCUCUGCCAGACUGAAAGGGCUCA